AUACUGGCACUCGCAGCGCUCAAAGGCUGGUACGUCUCUGGCCUCGAUGUGCGGAACGCCUAUCUCUAUGGCGAUCUGGAUGAGGAGAUCUAUAUGGAGGUGCCGAAGGGUUUUCACAAAUCCAACAACUUGCGCAAGGUUUGGCGCUUGCACAAGGCUCUAUACGGGUUGAAGCAAGCUGGUCGCCAAUGGUGGCAGGCUCUUCGGAAAUCCCUAAAAGAGCUAGGCUUCGAACAAAUCCAGUCUGAUGCUGGUGUCUACAAGUUCAAGCAUCGUACUACCAACAUGGUCAUUGCGGUGAUCUACGUUGACGACGCUUUGUUUUUGGGC